CAAUUCAUUAAGGCUCACAUUGUUGAAGGCGAAUUACAGAUUUCCCUUCGCUUCAUGUGAAGGAAAACUAAGCAUCCUCCAAAUAGCCUUGAUCAAUGAGAAUGGCAUGGAUGCUAAAUGUACUCAUGAUGGUAUUUGAUGAUUUCAUUGCCUCACAGCUCCCGCCAGUUAUGGCGAAUCGUGUUGUAGUGAAAAUGCACAGCGGCGUUAUCAGAGGGAGAGGAAGAAGGAGGCCUCAGUGCUGCAAACUCGUAUCACUGUUUGGAAACCUUCACAGUCCACAGUUGCACUCGGGUCACACCGACCUGAAUGUCAUUUCACAAUAGACCAGACAUUCAAUGAACAAAGGUGGCAUUUCUUUCUCUUUGCAGGGAUCCAUGACAGAUGAAAAGGCCUCAAUCUCGGUCAGAUUCACCCACGCGAGAGCAGCGUUGGAUGCAGAGGAGAAGGCGGCUUUAGAGCAAGCGGAGCAGAAAGGGCGCGAGCUGCUGACCCAGAUCGAGAAGAAGAUCGCUCGCUACCAGCACGAGAUUAGCGAGCUCCAGGCAGCAGCUACACGCCUGCAGGCCCUAGCGCAGGAGAGGGACUCGCUCGCGUUCCUGCAGGGGCACCUGGAGGAGACGUGCAGGGCAGGGAGGGUUACAGCAGCUCCACCCUCAUCUCCCAACCAAGAGGACAUUGCCUCACUUAAAGUCCUGGAGACAAGGAGAGUCAAACUCCUGUACGGACGCUCACCAACUCUGGACACAAACUCAGCUCAUAACGAACUCCAGAUUUCCUCAGAUCUCAGGACAAUGACGCGAACCGGUGCCUCCCAUGGUCACCCUCAUCACCCACAACAGUUUGAGUGCUUUCCACAAGCCCUGUGCCGUGAGAGCUUUUCGUCGGGCCACCAAUACUGGGAGGUGGACGUGGGGGACGCGCGGUUGUGUCGGGUUGGAGUCGCGUACGGGACGAUCCCACGGAAAGGGAGUGGUGCUGCACGGCUGCUGGGAGGGAGCGACGCGUCCUGGUGUUUAGAGAAAUGUUACGACAACUUCUCAGUGCUUCAUGGUGGAGUGAAGACUGCACUGUCGGUGAUGGGGGCCCCCUGCCCCCGCAGAAUCGGGCUUCACCUGCACUGGGAGGGGGGGCUCCUGGCGUUUUACCGCGCCGACUCCAUGGAGGUAAUCCACGAGGUUUGGCAGAGAUUCUCGCAGCCUCUCUACCCUGCGAUGUGGGUGGGGUAUUGUAAUGAUCCAUUGAAGAUCGUGGAUCUGAGACGUGCAUCCUGAGGAUGAGGAGAGAUAGAAACCCAAGAAACCGAGACAGAAACCCAAUAAACGGAGCAGAGGGGGAUGGUGAGGAGAGGGUGAGGUGAGGGUGAUGGGAAGGUGGAACAGAGUGUGAGGUAAGGUGAUGGUGAGGGAAGAAUGGAGGGGAAGGUGACAGGUGAGCAUGGAGGAGUAGGGUGAGGGGGGAGGGUGAGGUUCAGGUUGGCGUGCGUGAGCGAUGUCGCUGGUGCAGUACAAAUCGCAGGUUCGUGUGGCCGCUCCUUCGCCUGCAGUGCGCGCUUGCGUCACCACGCCUCCUCAUCCCUGCGAUUCACCAUCAUCACCAUCAUCACCCCAUCAUCACCACUGUCAUCAUCACCCCAUCAUCAUCACAACCAUC